CCUGAUUCACGUGCGUCACACAGGCAACACGUUCCGGUGAUACCCAGCAGAGCAACGCAUCUCUUCCCAAAGGCUGCUGGUCGGAGAUUUGUUUUGCCGAGUUUCAAGUCUCCUGUUCGCGCGUCCUGACUUCCACGUCGUUGCGUAGACUUUUCUCCAGAGUUGUCUGCUGGUCCAGCAUGGGGAAAAGAAGCCGACAGCGGCAGAAAAACCAGAAUGCUAGCAGAGACGACAGAGACAACGCUGGCUGGGGAGCAGGCUACGCGGACAUCAUCAAGGAGAACAAGCUGUUUGAGGACUACUACAAGGAACAAGGCCUGAUCCCAGAGGGAGAGUUUGACCAGUUCAUGGAGGCCAUGAGGGAGCCGCUGCCCGCAACCAUCCGCAUCACCGGAUACAAGAGUCACGCUAAGGAGAUCCUCCACUGUCUGAAGGAAAAGUACUUCAAAGAUAUUCAGGAGCUGGAAAUCGACAGCCAGAAGAUUGAAGCCCCACAGCCUCUCAGCUGGUAUCCCGAUGAGCAGGCCUGGCACACCAACAUGAGCAGGAAGCUCAUUAGGAAGUCUCCCCUGCUGGAGAAGUUUCAUCAGUUCCUGGUCAGCGAGACAGAAUCUGGUAACAUCAGCAGACAGGAAGCUGUCAGCAUGAUCCCUCCUCUGCUCCUGAAAAUCGAGUCCCACCACAAGAUCCUGGACAUGUGCGCCGCUCCCGGUUCAAAGACGGCUCAACUGAUCGAGAUGCUUCACUCCGACAUGGACGUGCCGUUUCCAGAGGGCUUUGUGAUUGCCAACGACGUGGACAACAAGCGCUGCUACCUGCUGGUGCACCAGGCCAAGCGCCUCAACAGUCCGUGCAUCAUGGUGGUGAACCACGACGCCUCCUGCAUCCCCACGCUGCAGAUCGACUCCGGCGGCAGGAAGGACGUCCUGUUCUACGACCGAGUCCUGUGUGACGUUCCCUGCAGCGGAGACGGAACCAUGAGGAAGAACAUAGACGUGUGGAAGAAAUGGACGACCAGCAACAGCCUGCACCUCCACGGGUUGCAGCUGCGCAUUGCGGUGCGUGGCGUUGAGCAGCUGGCCGUAGGGGGGAGGAUGGUGUACUCCACCUGUUCGCUCAACCCGAUAGAGGACGAAGCCGUCAUAGCGGCACUGCUGGAGAAGAGUGAAGGAGCGCUGGAGCUGGCUGACGCAUCCGCCGACCUGCCUGGACUCAAGUGGAUGCCCGGGGUUACUUCCUGGAAGCUGAUGACCAAGGAGGGCCAGUGGUUCUCCGAUUGGUCCGAGGUUCCGAGCAGCCGCCACACUCAGAUCCGUCCCACUAUGUUCCCACCCAAAGACCCGGAGAAGCUGGCCGGCUUGCACCUGGAGCGAUGCAUGAGGAUUCUGCCUCAUCACCAGAACACCGGAGGCUUCUUUGUGGCCGUGCUGGUGAAGAAAGCCCCCAUGCCGUGGAACAAAAGACACCCCAAGCUGAGGAAGAGCGCUCCGACCCAAACCGGAGGCUCGCUGGCAGCAGACGUCCCCCGUCUUCUCCCCGAAGGCUCGGCGGAGGAGACGGAGGACGGCGGCCCAGGAGGGAGAGGAGACGGGGAGACGGAGACCGCAGGAGCUCCACUGGCUCAGGAGGCUGCUGGUAAACAAGAUGCUGUGUGUGGACCUCCACCAUCUAAAAAGCUGAGGGUGUUUGGCUAUAAAGAAGACCCGUUUGUGUUCCUGACUGAAGACGACCCAGUCUUCACCACCAUACAAUCGUUCUACGAUCUGUCUCCUGACUUCCCCAAGCUCAACGUUCUCACCAGGACGCACGAGGGCAAGAAGAGACACCUGUACAUGGUGUCCAAAGAGCUGCGCAACGUUCUGCUCAACAACGGCGAGCGCAUGAAGGUCAUUAACACCGGGGUGAAGGUGUGGUCUCGCAACAGCGACGGAGAGGAGUUUGGCUGUGCCUUCAGACUGGCUCAGGAGGGUAUCUACACCCUCCAGCCGUACAUUCGCUCCAGGAUAAUCAGAGUGAGUGUGGAGGACAUCAAAGUGCUGCUGACGCAGGAGAACCCCUUCCUCAGCAAGCUGGAGAACGACGCGCACGCUCAGGCCAAGCAAACGGGAAUGGGCAGCAUAGUGUUGAAGUACAUCCCAAACCCGAACGACCCCUCUGAGCCUCAGUGUCCCAUCCAGCUGUGCGGCUGGAGGGGAAAGACGUCCAUCCGAGCCUUCGUCCCCCGCAACGAGCGCUUCCACUACCUGCGGUUGCUGGGCGUGGAGGUGUUCAGAGACAAGCAGGGCCUGGGGCAGAAGAGCAGGGACGGAGCCAAGGAGGCGGUGGGAAAAGGGGGAGAGUUGGAGAACGGCGAUGGAAACGGAUCACUGGAGCCAAAGACCGAGGGUGGGAACAAGGAGCAGCAGCAGCUGAAAGAUACGAAGGGCGCCGUGGCGGACUGAUUACUGAUUGGAGAUCUACGUGUCCAACAGAGCAUAACGUGCCUCUGGUCAACCACAAGACCAGCUUCCUCUCAGUUAUGGACUCCUUUGAGAGGUUUUAUUUCAGCUCCCCUUCAGGAGUUAUAUUUUUAGUUCAAUGACUUGUAUUAUUAUUUUUAUUAUUUGUUCUUUUACCGAACAUAAUUCGCUGAUAAAGUGGCUGUCCCCCCCCCCCCCCCCCCUCUAUAUUAGAUACCCACCAACUAAUGUAAUCAGAAGUACAAAGGUGAUUAAAAAUGCUGAUAUGGUUCUAUUUAUUUAUUUUUCAUUUACACAAUAAAAACGGGCAUCUGCACAAUUUCUAAUCCUACCAGCCUAAUAAAGAUGAAGUUCCAGCUUUAGGCAAUAGGUUCAGUCUCUGGAAGAAACCGAUCUAGCAACGUUGCCGUUGUCCAAACAACCUGACGCCAUGGUUUUCAGAUACCUGACUUUGGACUUUACAGGAAUAUUAAAAGCAGUAGAUAUAGGACAGUCUUCUAGAGGCAAAAUUUCACAUUUGUUUAAAUUUCGAUCAACUUGAGAAUUUUGGGAAUUUCAUUCAGGUUAUUUAAGAAGAUAGUUGUGUCAUCAGCUAGCUGACUAAUAGAAAACUAUUCGCCUAGCACCGAUAAUUUACCAAAUUGAGCAUUUUUAAUUGAUAUGGAAAGCAUUUCUGCAGCAGCAAUAAACAGCCAAGAUGCUAAAUCUUUUUGAGGUGCCAUGUGGAAGAGAAACCGGGGGUUGAAGUAUGGGGUGUUCUCCUGGGCCUGGACCCCGUUACCCUGUGACCAGUGGCGCAAAAAGUGGGUAUGCAUAGGAGCGCUGCACUAUAGGGGACACAAAAACGAUGUGGGGAAUUUUUUUUUUCUAGUCUGCAUUUUCUGUUACCGGCUGUUUGUUGUGGUAUGAAAUGAUCACCAACAGAGGAACGGCACUGAUUAGGCGCCCCUUCGCUCCUUCACCUCCCCUCCUGUCGCUCUCCCUGUUGGAGGGAUGAAGAAAAGCUUUUCAAAGUGGUUGAAAGACAGUGUCAGUAUAUCAACAGGAGGGUGGUAAAUAUUCAGGUUAGCAGAAGCUAGCUUACAAUGACAGGUGGCUGUAGUUGUCUUGCAACUGGGGUCGCCACCCGUCCCAUAAAAUACGGAAUCGUCCCGUAUUUCACUGUUAAAUGUUGCGCCCCGUAUUGAACCGCAGUGUUCCCGUUUGGUACAUUUUCUGGAAAACUGUACCUACCCUCUUGCUGAGUCUUCUCAGAGCUGAUCUUGGCCCCUGGCUCUCCUGCUGCUCCUGGUCCUUCUUUUCCCACAAUCUUUCCCAAAGCAGAGCAUCUUCAGCCCUCAAACCCAAGUUCUGCCUGUUUAGGUUCUGGAUCUCUAGACAAUCUGCCUCAUGCUGCCUUUGGAGAUUGUCCAGUUCCUCAGAAAGACUCUCCAGCUCUCCGGAUUGCUGAUCCAUAGUCAGCUGGGCCUUCUUCAACUCCAUCCGAAGCUCCUGGAGUUUUCUUCUCAGAGAUUGUUGGACCAUUUCCAAACAAUGCGCUGCAUCUCUCAUGUCCGUGUAUUCAUGCUCAUGGACUGUGGGAGAACCACAGUGCUGGUUCUGUUGGACCUCAGUGCGGCUUUUGACACUGUUGACCAUGACAUAUUACUGAAUCGACUGGAGAGUUGGGCCGGACUCUCCUGCCCAGUGCUCAACCUGUUUGAAUCUUGCAUAAAGAACAGGGAUUUCUUUGUUUCAAUUGGAAACUUCUCAUCGAAGCAGACAAAAGUCACAUGUGGGGUACCCCAAGGUUCAAUUCUAGGACCCCUCUUAUUCAAUAUCUACAUGCUCCCACUAGUUCAGGUUAUAACAGGAAAUACGAUUAGCUACCAUAACUAUGCAGACGAUACUCUGCUCUACACUAUGAUAUCACCAGGGGACUCUGAAACCAUCCAAUCACUGAACAGAUGCUUAGAACAGAUAAAUGUGUGGAUGUGCCAAAACUUUCUCCAGCUGAACAGAAACAAAACUGAAGUUAUUAUUUUUGUACCUAAAGAGGACCGACCUUUAAUUAUUUUUGGCCGAUAGAUAAAUUCAGCAGGGGUGAGUGUAACAGGGAGAGAAAUAUGUAUUAAUUUUUAUUUAUUUUGUAUGUAUGUAUUUAUAUAUACAAGAUGAUUGAAUUUCACCCAAAAUAAUAAUAUGUAUUAAUAGUUAGAUUUUUAAUUGCUGCAAAUGUUUAGCGCCCCCUAGUGGUAUGAUGACAUACUGCAUGCAACGGGUCCUUCAGGCGCUAUCUCGCCUUCCCCCACAUCUGCUGAUAUAAUUUAUAGUUUUCCCGUGGUUGGGCUGGAAAAAUGUGACUUUAUGAGUGGGAGCUGCGCCGGUUGGUGUUCGUGGCUGACCACGCAGUCAUGAUGCUAACUGUGUUUUUUUGUUUUGUUUUGUUUUUUCUGCCUUGAACAGGCUCUUGCAUUCGCAUACUCAAAAAUCAUAACUAUGCUGUUCUCAUACCAGGUUAGGUUCCGGGUGUAAAUGAAUGUAGGUGUAUAGAAUCGUGUUUUGUAGAUGUUGUGACUGGCAUGGCUGUUAACUGUUGUGUCAGAUGUUGGCUGAGUGGAAGGCAGCUGAUGUGAAGAUGUCUCCAAUUCUAUACAGUUUGGACCCAUCUAAAGUGUCCAAGCUUUGGCCUUGACCCGUCCUGUUUAACCAUCUCAAGGUUGUUCAAUUUCCUUAGAGUGCGGAUAAAGGGGAACAAAUUUCAAGAAAAAAUAAAAAACUUUCAGCAUCUCACAUCUUUGCCGCAUCUUGUCAGUGGUUUCCACGGCAUCGUCGCCGCACCGGGUGGAUGGAUGGAUGGAUGGAUGGCUGGCAGUGUCUUGCUCUUGUUUAUUAGCUCGUCCUACUGCCUUGACAACAGCUGUCAUGACAACAGGCCCCCUCAACCUCUCUGCGGCGAUAGGAGAGAACACGGGAGGACAGAAAGACCGCAGAGAGCAUCCUGUACUCUUCCAUGCUCUCUCUUUUUUUCCUGCAUUUAUCUGCUUUUUGUGUGGUCGGUUUGGUGUUUGUUUUGUUCGUCUGACGUGUGAAAGUGUGGCACUGGUGAUUCAGGAGAGCAGCUGUCAUGUCGAGUACCUUUGGCUUCGACAGAUAUGUUCUUGAGAAGCAGAGUUCUGAGGACAGAAGAGUCUUUACAUAGUGAGAAUAGAGCAGCAAGGUAACUGUGACUUUAUGACCAAUUCUUACAAAGAAACACGAAGUAAACUGCAGAUCCUAUUUCACUCUUCUAUCAAACAUCGCUGUUUGUGGUUCCAACACACACACGACAGCUGUGUUUCCAUUGACCGUACAAUUCUGCAAUUUGACAUUUUGGGAAUUAACUCCCUUAACUGGAACGUGCCAAUUUAGUAAAACUCAUUUUUUGGUAAAAAACUUUUGGAUGAGGUGGGAGUUUUUUUUUGUUUUUGACCAAUCAAAGUUGGUUUAUUUAGCAAAACUGCGACAGAAACACUUGUUCCCCUCAUCACACGAGUCACAUGAUCAACAACAGGAUGUUGCCACCGGCGCAAACUACAAAGAAGAUAGACGUGGUUUGUGGAGAAUCACAGAGCGGCAUUUUUGUUUUUUCGGACUUAUCGCUUAGACAAACUUAUUCCUGUUUGAUUUUAACUGCAUUUCUUACUUAACAGAAACACUGCAGUUGCAAAAUGUUGUUUCUUCAGCAUAAAUGUAGUUGAUUAAAAUGAAUGGAAGUCAAAGUCCUCAGUUGGACAGGACAAGUAUUUGUGUGUGUAUGUCUGAGUUAUUACAGCUCGGCCAAUCUUUGUGUGGUCCUAGUGUGUGUGGGGGUGUGUGUGUGUGUGUAAUGACCUCUGCCUUUUCACCUCAACCUUAAAAGGCAUUAAACAUUAUCAAUGGCUAAAAUCUAUCCAGGACUUUAAACUUUGCUUGAGUUUUCUUCUUACUUUUUUCCUUUGCUAUCGACUGAACCGCUCCACUUUCUCUACCGUUUUAUCUUUUGUUUUACCCUUUGAAGUUCCUCUCCUUCUUUCCUGUUUUUAGUCUCUGGUCAGACAAACCAAUUUGCUCUUCAUUAUAAUUAUUUUUCUCCAGGAGAAGCUUUUUAAGAGCACUCCAGCACUGAA